AUGAGUGUGCCAAGUUUGGCUUCAGAUCUUGACGUCGGUGAAGAGUGUCAGCUGGUCUACAGUCUGUCAGACAGGCAGUACUUCGAUAUAGAUCCGUCCUCAGGUGAGGUGUACGUGGUGUCAGCAGUGGCUCUGGCCGGACAGUCUGUCACCCUGCAGGUGAAGGCCACAGACCCCAGAGGACUCCAUGCUACGACCAAGGUGGAGGUGGAGGUGCAGGGAGGUGCAAGCAGCAGUGACGUGGUCGUCAUCUCCCUGAACCGGCCCGCCAACACGGUGGAGGAGAAGAUUGCAGAGACGGAGAAGUCUUUGAGCUCAGUUCUGAACUGGACCGUGAUCAUCAUCGAGGUGUCUUCUGCAAACGGAGGAUCAUCAGAGUCCAGAUCUGUGACAGCAGAGACCAAGACUUUAGUCAGCUUCAUCAGUGAGGACAAGGAGGGGGUGGUUUCCUCUGAAGAAGUCACAGAGAAGCUGCAGAGCCAAUCAGCUGCUGUGACGGAGGAGCUCGUCAAAGUGUAUGGGGAGGGGCUUAAGUUUGCCGUAGAGAGCGAGCCUCUAAGCCCCGCCCCCUACCUGGACGCUUUCAUCUCUGUGAUGGUCCUGUUUGCCCUGAGCUUGCUGGUUAUAGUUGCUUUAGUAGUCCACAAAAGGUUUUCGAGGUCGGACUGGAGAAAUAGAUCCAUCCGUUUACCCCCCAACUUUCAGUCGCCUACAGAGAGACAGCAAAGUACUUCAGUCAUAAAUUGUAACGGUGGUAGUGAAGCGGUUGUGGGUGUAGUGGAUGAAGGAUAUGUAGGGGACGUGGAGUUGUUUACUGGGAUCACUGCAGGAAGUGGUGUGCAGCUGGUCCCCCACAUCUCCGAUGAACACCUGGAGUAUCUGGAGCUGAGCUUCACGCUCGGGGACACUAGUGCGACUGUUCGCACCAAGAAGCCGCUGGACGCCGACACACUGACAGGCAUUGCCAGAACCUUGUAUUACUCUGUCAUGUGUGACGGUGUCAUUAAGUUUAACAACACCAGGACACUACAGGUCAACGACCUGAAUGACAAUGGUCCUGUAUUCACAGAGAACCACUACAGCAUCGACGUCUCUGAGGCGACACAACUGGGCACUGAAGUUCUUCGUGUGACCGCUGUGGACGCCGACAGCGCCCCAGAAAACAACAGACUCACAUAUUCCUUUACGCCAGCUUCAGAGGACUUUACGUUGACUGACUCCGGGGCUUUUAUUUUGAAGAGACGGCUGAACUACAAUUUAGUCCAACAGUAUAACUUCGUUGUGACGGCUCAGGAUGUCGGGGGCUUGAAUGACUCUGCCACCGUGGUGAUAAACGUGGUGGACUUUGACAACUUGAACCCUUAUUUCAGUCACAGCAUUUACAGAGCCAUGAUCCCAGAGAACCAGGUCGGGCCUUUUGGCAGCAUCGAGCCGGAGCCGAUAAAGGCUCAGGACGGAGACACUGGGAUCAACGUGACGGUGUCCUACAGAAUCAGUUCAGUCUCUCCGGACGAGUACGAGGGAAACUUUGAGAUCGACUCCAGCAGUGGAGUUGUGUCUGUGCUGACUGCGUUAGACAGAGAGGAGAUAAACACCAGAGUGAUCUCUGUCAGCAUCAAGGCGGCUCAGACAGACGACAGCUUGAAGACGGCAGACGCCGUGGUGUCUGUGACUGUUGAGGACGUGAACGAUAAUCCUCCAGAGUUCAGCCAGCCGGACUACUCCGUAACACUUCAGGAGAACUCUCCUGCCGGUGCCGUCGUCUUUAAAGCCACCGUCAGCGACCCGGACGAGGGAGGAUUUGUUGGAACAUUACGGGUCCUUCCAGAGUCCGCUCCUUUCUCUGUGGAUGCUGAUGGGACAGUUCGAGUGGAGAACUCCUUAGCUCUGGACCGAGAGACCGCUGAACUCAUCACAUUUCAGAUUGAAGCCAGGGAGUCAGAAACACCAAACAAUGUUGUACUGGCAGAAGUCAACGUCACUCUCUUGGAUGAGAACGACAACAGUCCAGUGUUCAGCAGCAACACGUACGAAGGAAACGUGUUCGCUAAUCAGACAGUGGGUUUGCUGCUGGUCCAGGUUAAAGCAGAAGAUGCGGAUGCUGGCCCAAACGGCCGAGUCAAAUACUCCAUUGUGUUUGGAAACAACGACGGUUACUUCUCAGUCGGAGAGGACAGCGGAGAGAUCACGCUGGCUAAAACCAUUCCUCUGGUGGAAAACCAGAUUCUGGAGUUUCCUCUUUACAUAACGGCCAGAGACGAGGGCGUCAUACCACGCUUCACCACAGCAAAGGUGAACAUUCAAGCUCAUGGUAACUCCAAACCUCAGUUUUUACAAAGGGUCUACCACGGCACCAUAGAAGAAGAGCAGGACCCAGGAGUUUUGAUUGUCAGGGUGAACUUCUUCGCAGCAGGAGAGAUCCCCGUGACUCUCACAGUCGAUACAGACGCCGACAAGUUCGCCAUCUCCCCUGAAGGAGAAUUGACCACCAAGGUGAAGCUGGACUACGAUGAGUCUUCACACAACUACUCUGUGGGAAUCUCCAUCUCUGACGGCACCCACAGCGACAGUGCCGUGGUGGAGGUGCAGGUGACUGACGUCAAUGAUAACAGUCCUGUUUUCAGCCCCAGCUCCGUCACAGAGUCAGUCCCAGAGGACGCAGAGGUAGGAUCCAACGUGACUGCUGUUCCAGCUACAGACAAAGACAGCGGCUUCAACAAGGAGCUCAGAUACUCUUUAAGAGGAGGAGAGGGGAGGUUCUCUGUGGAUCCUCUGUCUGGGAUGGUGAGUGUGGCAGCUGGACUGGACAGGGAGACCAAAGCAGAGUACCAACUGCUCGUGGUGGCUGAAGAUCAGGGGCGCCCGACCAGGUCUGCCACAGCCACGCUGCUGGUCCGAGUGUCCGACAUCAACGAUAACGCCCCCGUGUUCUCAGCGGCCGAGUAUCAGGCUGAAGUGUUGGAGACGGAGUCAGUGGGUACGAGCCUGCUCACCCUAACAGCUGGAGACCCCGAUGAAGGAGCCAAUGGGAGAGUUAGUUUUAGUAUCCUCCAGCAGAGUCCCUCAUCAGACCCUGCUGCUUUUGAGCUGGACUCUUCCAACGGGACUCUGCGGCUGGCUCAGACUCUGGACUACAGCCGGGUGAAGGUGUACAGUCUGAUAGUUCAGGCCUCUGAUGGAGGGAUUCCCUCUCUCACGGGGAACAGCUCUGUGGUGGUGAGGGUAAAAGACGUGAACAACAACCCUCCUGAGUUCAGUCAGGAAAGAUACGACGUAGCGGUCUCUGAGAACCUGCCCAGUGGAGCGUCCAUCCUGACCCUGGAGGUCACUGACAGAGACGAGGGUGGAUUCUCUCUCGGUUACUUCCUGUUUACCAGCGAUACCUUCGACAUUAACAAACAAGGCGUGGUCUCUCUGAGGAAGGACGUCAGCUUGGACAGAGAGACAAACAACAGCUAUCAAAUACAGGUGCGGGCGGUGGAUCAGCCCACAGCAGGUCUGACAUCCACAGCUCAGCUCAACAUCACCGUCCUGGACUACAACGACAACGCCCCACAGUUCCCGGUUCUCCCAGACCCCCUACAGAUCCUGGAGGGGAACUACUCCGAGAGAACUCCAGGAGAAGUUUUCACCAUCCUGCCCACAGACGCCGACAUCGGCCCCAACGGGGAGGUCACCGUCUCCCUCUCCUCGCCUCACCCGCUCUUCAGAUUCAGAGAGGACGGGACGCUGCUGGCUGUGGGACCUCUGGAUCGAGAGAGCAGGGAGACGUUUGAGCUUUUGGUGAAGGCCUCUGAUAAAGGCCAGCCGCAGAGAGAGACUUUCACCUCCGUCAGAGUGAGCCUCAUCGACGUCAACGACAACACACCUGAGUUCAGCUCCAGCAGCUACGUCAGCAGCAUCCUGCUUAAAGACGCAGAGGAGGGGAAAGAGCUGCUGAGGCUGUCCGCCUCUGACAGAGACUCAGGGAACAACUCACUGAUCACCUACAGUUUCUCUGAAGGAAGUUCUCCAUAUUUGGCCCUAAACAGCCAGACAGGAGCUGUGACUUUGACCUCUGACCUCGCUGACAUCACUGAAGACAUCACACUGGUGCUGACGGCCAUGGCUGAAGACAACGGCCAGCCUCCGCUCAACUCCACAGCCCGUGUCGUGGUGAAUCUAAGGGUCAUCAGUGUGGUGGAGGGCGUAGGCUUCAGGAACCCCACCUACAACUUCAGUCUGCCUGAGAACCUGCCUGAGGGGGCGACAGUGGGGACAGUCUGGGCCUCCUCAGGAAGUGACCUUUACGAUGUUUCCUACGAGCUGAAGACCGACACCGACCUGUUCUCCAUCAGCGCCGGGGGAGCCAUCGUGACCAGAACCCCUCUGGACCGAGAGAAGCAGGAGUGGUACUUCCUGGACGUGGAGGCAGUGGACACCAGGACUCCCCCUACAUCAGCCACAGCACUGGUCAGAGUUCAGGUCGGGGACGUGAACGAGCCUCCAGAGUUUUCCCCUGAAGAUUAUGAAGCUAUGGUUUUCAGCAUCGCUCCGUAUAAAACGUCCGUUAUCACAGUCAAGGCUUCAGAUCCUGACGUCGGUGAGGAGGGUCAGCUGGUCUACAGUCUGUCAGACAGGCAGUACUUCGAUAUAGAUCCGUCCUCAGGUGAGGUGUACGUGGUGUCAGCAGUGGCUCUGGCCGGAGAGUCUGUCACCCUGCAGGUGAAGGCCACAGACCCCAGAGGACUCCAUGCUACGACCAAGGUGGAGGUGGAGGUGCAGGGAAGUGCAAGCAGCAGUGACGUGGUCGUCAUCUCCCUGAACCGUCCCGCCAACACGGUAGAGGAGAAGAUUGCAGAGACGGAGAAGUCUUUGAGCUCAGUUCUGGACUGGACCGUGAACAUCAUCGAGGUGUCGUCUGCAAAUGGAGGAUCAUCAGAGUCCAGAUCUGUGAGAGCAGAGACGAGGACUUUAGUCAGCUUCAUCAGUGAGGACGAGGAGGGGGUGGUCUCCUCUGAAGAAGUCACAAAGAAACUGCAGAGUCAAUCAGCUGCUGUGACGGAGGAGCUCGUCAAAGUGUAUGGGGAGGGGCUUAAGUUUGCCGUAGAGAGCGAGCCUCCAAGCCCCGCCCCCAAUCAGGACGCUGCCAUCGCUCUGGGCGUCCUGUUUGCCCUGAGCAUGCUGGUUAUAGUUGCUUUAGUAGUCCACAAAAGGUUUUCAAGGUCAGACUGGAGAAAUAGAUCCAACCGUUUACCCCCCAACUUUCAGUCGCCUACAGAGCUACAGCCGAGUACCACCAAAAAACCCUAAAAACAGGAACUUUUGUUUUAUCAUAUUCAGACUGUAUCAAAAAGUUCUCAUGAAUCCUUCAUGCUCACGUUCAACAAAUCUUCACUUUUUUUCUGAGAUUUCAGAAACGAGCUGAUCCGUCAUGGAACUGUUGAAUGGAGCUAAGUUAAGAAAAAAAACUUUCAUAUUCACAGAAAGUUUUGUGUUAUUUUUACAGUCUGCAGUGAAACUGUUUACUGUUUCUUAUUCAACAAACCAAAUGUUUUAAUUUGGAUUAUAUUACUUUUGUUUUC